GAGGUCUUGCCGAGCAUAGAUAACCGAUUGCCCAAGGAUGAAAGUAAAAAUAAAGGUUGUUAUUGUCGCUGAUAUUAUUGUGCGCUGGAGGAGCAGUGAACGAGACGGGCAGCAGCCGACUACCAUAACAAAAACAAGAGGUUGCGUUAUCGUGUGUUGACGAUGUCCUGUCAGGGCGGAUCUCUUACGUGCUUCUUUUACUUAUACAAGUGAUGUCUACCCACUCUGACACGGAUGUUCUGUCUGCAGUGCAAAGGGGUGACCUGAACUGGCUGGAAAAAUACACAUCUGAAAAUGAAGUAGACUGGCGGACUUGUAUUCACCGUAAAUCUGGUGACACUGCUCUUCACAUUGCUGCAGUAGCUGGCUGUACACAAAUCAUGAGUUGGCUUCUUGCAAAUGGUUGUGAUGUGUGCCUGGAGAAACAGAAUAUGGAUGGCAAGAGACCAUUGCACUCAGCAGCUCAGGCAAUGCACUUCCCCAUUGUGAAGAUCCUUUUAGAUCAUGGAGCAACUGUAGACCCCAUAAAGCGUGGUGACUGGACGCCACUAAUGCUAGCAUGCGCCAAAAGAUGCCUCAAGGUGAUCCAGCUUCUUGUAGAACAUGGAGCUAAUCUUCGCUGGGUUAACAAAGAUGGCUGGACAAGCUUCUUAAUUGCUUGCAGAGAAGGAUUUGAGUGUAUAGUUAAUUAUUUACUGGAUGUUGACAGUUCACUGUGGAAUACUGUCAGUAACAAUGGUAGAACUCCUUUGCACACAGCAGCUAUGCAUGGACAUGAAUCUGUAGUCAAAAUUCUGUUACACCGAGGCAACUACAAGAAGGAUGAAGAUGAUGCAUGUGGCAACACCCCUUUAAUGGAGGCUUUCCGUAUGGGACAUUUGAACAUUGCCCGAUUGCUCAUCAUUGAACACGGGACAGAUAUUAAAGUCCGUGACAAAACUGGACGAACUGCAUUUCAUAUUGCAGCUGAAGCUGGUCAAUUAGAAAGUGUUAAAACUUUGAUUGAAACAUAUGGAGUAGAUGUGAAUCUUUUGUCAGAUGCAGGGUCAUCGGCUGUACAUUGUGCUGCCAGAGAGGGACAGACUGAAGUUGUAGUAUUUCUGAUAAAAAUGGGAUGCAAAGUCAGUAUAAAAGACAACAAUGGCAGGACAGCACUGUGGAUGGCCUGUGCAUCAAGGAAGAAUACAUGUGCAAAGAAACUGGUAGACUUUGGAGCUCAGGAUAUAGCGGAUAAUAAGGGCAUAUCACCAUCUCAACUUAUGCCAAUAUAUCAUCUCUCUCCAGUCACACUACCAAACACAGAGGACCUGUUCAGCACUUCCUAGAAUCCCAUUUGUAGUCAAGUCUGGAGGGGGGGGACU